AUGGGAGGACAAGCGGAGGGCACGGGCGGCUUCACCGUGAGGCCCUCAGCACGUGCUUGUGCUCGGCUAGCUCGGAACGAGCGGUGGCCAUGGCGGCGAUGGAGCAGGGCGGUGGUGGCCUACGGGAGCUAUGGCGACGGCGGUUACGCGCAUGGAAACGGACGGGGCGGUGAGGGGUUACGCGCGGGAGCUCACCGUGGAGCCGUAGGGGAUGGCAGCGGGCUCGAUGGAGGCUCGAGGUGGCCGGAUUCGUCGACGGAGUGUGUCGGAGCCGAGGAAGAAGCCGGUGGUGGGGACGGCGCCGCGGGGGCGUCCGGCUCGAGCGUGCGGUCGAAGAAGAUGCAGCGGAGGCCGGUGAAGCGGAAGGGCACGUCGGAGGGAAGGGGGGCGGCGCUCGCCGCGCUGCUGCCAGACGGCGGCGACGCGGCGCUCAGGCGAGACAGAGCGCGCGAGGUGGAGAGUGGGCGCGCGGGGAGGGGGCUGACGAGGACGAGGUCGAGGGGGGAAGGGCUCGUCCUUAUCCCCGGCGUUGCCGCGGCGUGGGGCGGCGACCGCGGGCACGGGCGCUCGGUCGCCCGCACAGUGAAAACGACGCGGGAGGGGGAGCUGGGCGGCCUGGGUCGGCUAGGUGGGCUGAGGCCCAAGGGGGGCUCGGUGGCCAGCUGGGCCAGUCGGCCCUGUUGA